AUGCUUGCCACAGAGAUGUGUAACUGGACUCAUGUGGUCAGUAAACGUCUGCAGUUUGAUUUGAAUCAGCAUCAGUGUAACAGAGCACAGCGACUGACAGUACCGAGACGACCUGUCCCCAAGGGUUAUUACUUUGAUCCACACGUGGGAAGUCGAGGAAAGUGCGAGCCAUGCUCAGUAUUAUGUCACAGACACACAAUAACCGGAAAUACAAAACAAUGCAAAACCAAAUGUGCAGGUUUUCUGGAGCAGGGUGUUGGCAAGACUUCAAAGACGAGAACUGACUGCCCCAAGGGUUUCUACUUUGAUCCCCAUGUUGGAGUGAAAGGGAAGUGUGAACCAUGUUCUGUUUUGUGUUAUGCACACAAGGUUACCAGAGAUACAGAAGAUUGCAAAUCCAAGUGCCCAGGUUUUCUGGAGCAGGCUCUUGGCAAGACGAGAACUGACUGCUCCAAGGGUUUCUACUUUGAUCCCCAUGUUGGCGUGAAAGGGAAGUGUGAACCGUGUUCUGUUUUGUGUUAUGCACACAAGGUUACCAGAAAAACAGAAGAUUGCAAAUCCAAGUGCCCAGGUUUUCUGGAGCAGGCUCUUGGCAAGACGAGAACUGACUGCUCCAAGGGUUUCUACUUUGAUCCCCAUGUUGGCGUGAAAGGGAAGUGUGAACCGUGUUCUGUUUUGUGUUAUGCACACAAGGUUACCAGAAAUACAGAAGACUGCAAAUCCAAGUGCCCAGAUGAAUUUGCUUCUAAGGAGACUGGAGCCAAUCAGACUGGUGAUCCUGUAAAUGCUACAGAACAAGUCGGCGCCUUGGAUAGCAAUGGAGAGGUUUCAAAGAAGGGGAAGGAAUCAAGACAAUUAGACAAAGCAGUUGUAUCAAGUGGAGACAAAACAGAAGGGAAUAAUAAUGAUUUGAGCAUAAUUAUAGGAUGUCUGGUGGGUGUAAUCUGUGUCGUCAGUAUUGCAAGCGGAGUAGGUUUUGUUAUCGUACUCAAGAAGGUACAGAAUAGAAGGACAGAGCCUGUCAAAGACGAAGAAAAGAAUGCACAAACUGGAAAACUUCUUGACGGUCCACCUGUGCAAGAGAGCAUGACCAAAUGUGAAACAACUGUACUCGUUCAGUCGGAUGACACCCAAGUGAAAAUGGCCCAUGGUGAAGUGCGUGAAUCCUUCAGAUGUUCCCAUCUUCAUCCAUCACAAAGUUAGAACAAGACCAGGCAUCAAAACAAGCAUCAUGCCUGGUAGCCCACAUACAGGUCACCAUACAUUGUGAGCCUGGUAGCCCACAUACAGGUCACCAUACAUUACGAGCCUGGUAGCCCACAUACAGGUCACCAUACAUUACGAGCCUGGUAGCCCACAUACAGGUCACCAUACAUUACGAGCCUGGUAGCCCACAUACAGGUCACCAUAUGACUGCAAACUUCACUCGAUGAGUUAUAAAUCAUAUUUGACAAAAAACAUGACAUGCUAGCGGAUGUUUUUCUGCUCGGUCUGGCUGAACUUGGCCAACGUGUUUGUGUCCGAUGUCCUGAACAUUACAGUCCAUACACAAUCAUGCAUGCUAAUACUUUGUUAUUUAUUCAUAUCACUGUUCUUGUUUAACUAAUGUUUGUGUGUGUGUGAUUUAUAUUUUAACACAGCAGACAACUGAUAUCAAACUUUAGAUUGUGGUGCUUUUGUUUUUAAAAACAUGUGGAGAAUGAAUCACUGAACUGGACUUUUUUCACAUUGUAUCCUCCUAGUAACCUAAAUGACAGUUCUUGACUUAUUUCAUUGCCUGAAAAUGUUCAUGUAUUCAGAGUAACCAGCUCAAUUGGUCAAAAACACCAAGAAGACACUUUUCUGUUCUCUCCAAUCUUCUUACAUUGACCAGUUUUCUUUACAGAAUGAAAUUUGAAGCACAUUAAUGACAUGUCCAUUAUCAAAAAUACAAAAAUUUAUUUAUUUUUAUAAAAAAAACCCUGUGAUAUAAAUAAUUUAAAUAUUUUAUCCAUUUUGGGGCAUAUUUACAGAGUCCUUUCAUGUGAAAAUAAUAAAAUAAAAUUAUUUAUAAGACACUAAAUACAUGUAUAUAGGAAACUAAAAAAAAUUAAGAUUUUGUUUUAAAAUAUAUUUUCUAUAUUUUUGUACUGUUUUAUUCCCCUCUCAAUUUUAGUAUUCUGUUGGUGACUGAACUAUCACAGUAUGUACUUAGGGUAAUAAUAUACUGAUGGAAAUAAAUAAACGAUCACACAGAUAGGAACAAGAAAUAAUGACUGCAUCAAAAAUCAAUUCAUAUUGUCAGAAGUUGACUGGGAACAUAUACAUGGAGGCAGCACAUUCAACACCACAGACAUUCAAUCUGACAUGUUCUCUUAUUUCUUUCCAUUAGUAUAUAUUUUUAUGAGAGCUGUGUGUGAAUAUUUAAUCGUUCUGAGAAGUGAAUGAAUUAUUUAUAUGUUGUUCAUAUGUUUGUAUUUUUUGUACUGUGAUCACUGAAUAAUUGUAAUUUUUCAAGUUUUUCCAACUCUGGUCCAUAGGCCAGUGUCCCUAACCCCCACUUGAGGGACCAGUUUUUAAAUUUAUUUUUUGUUCUACUCAUUGUAUAUAAAGAUAAAAACAUGCAGAUUUCAUGGAAGCAAUAUUUUUUCCAGAUAGUGUGUCAGUAAAAUCAUGAAACCAAAAGUCUUGUUUCCCAUUAUCAUGUAACAUAUUUUCAUUUUUUGUGUUUUAUUCCCCUGAGGAAGUUUAAAGUUUUUAAAUGAAACGUUGGGAUUUUAAGAUAGUUUUUAAGACAAUUUUAAUAUAUAUUUUGUACCAUGUAACAUAUUAUAAUCCAUCAAUACCAUGAAUACCAAAGAAUUUUUUUGAGAAAAAAAGUGUUUCCCCUGAAAUUUGAAAUCACGAGGCCUGAUUAUUAAUCCCUGUGAUUUAAAGAAAAUUAAAAACAUGAACAUUUACAGUAGCCAGUGGCAUUCCUAGUGUGUGGCAUGUAUGACAUAUGCCCUGGGCGCCACUUGAAGGGGGCGCCACUGAGCAGUUUCUGUUAAAAGUAAAGUUUCAAUUAAAGUCAUCUAAAAGACUGGUGUCAGAUGUUUGGACAGUGGCGCAAUUUCAGUGCUUGCCAUAGGUGCUAUUUUUUGUAGAUACACCACUGACAGCAGCCUACUACUACUUGUAUUUAUAGGAUCAUGUAUUAAAGUAACAGACCCUUGUUUUAAAAAAAAAAAAUGUCAGCUUUUUCACUAUUGGAGCCAUUUUAGAUAAUUGAAGUUAGACAUUAUUUACAUUUUAUUGUUCAGAUUAUCCAUUUCCAUAUAUUCCAGUGUUUCUGGUGUUUCAAAUACACGAAAUGCAUUUUUUAUAUUGUAAAUGCACACACCUCUGAGAAGUAUCUGUUAUGGAGAGGAGCUCAAGACUAAUUUUUAAAGGUAUUUCUCCAUUUCAGUGCAAUAGACUCUUCUUUUACUCUGUUGUAGCUUUAUACAAAUGCGUUACAGGUUUGUAGAUUAACCAAACUCAGUUUCCAUUUUCUCAGGUUGAAACUAGGAUCUUUGACUUUAAACAUGGCAAAUGUAGUUAAUAGCUGAAUAUCAGCACCAGUUGUUUCUGUCCUGUAUAUAAAUAUGUUAUUGGUGAGUUUCAAAGUAUCAGUGUUGUAAAUAUGAUAUCAAAAUGUUAUGUAUAUAAUAUUAUAUGAUGUUAUAAAUAUUUCACCAGCAGCUGUUUUUAGGAGUGGAAGACAUCCUUCCUGUAUAGGGCCUUCUUAAAACCACAGUGCCAGCUAUACUGAAAAUGUAUACUGAAAAAUAGAAAAUUACCACCAACAGUUACAUUGUAACUUGUUGCAUAACUCGACCAAGUAUUACUAGAAAAAAAAGAAGAUUAUUAUACAAGUUUGUGUGUCGUACUGAUUUUACAAAACGAGUGUCAGGAUUAUUGUAUUACCCAAGCGAAAACGAGGGUAAUACAUGAAUCCUGACACGAGUUUCGUAAAAAAUCAGUAUGAUUCACAUGCAAGUGUAAUAAUUUCUUUAUUAUCCACAUUAUCCAAAAUAUUUUUAUAAAUAACAAGCUAAGACCAUGUCAAAACAUUUUAAACGUAAGUAAAAAGACAACAAAAGGACGUCAUUUUGUUAAGCGUUUACACGUAUCUAAGACGGUGGAAGCUGCAUUAAGUUAUGACGUUGCUUCACAAAAUUUGUCAUUCGUUGUGCACGUGAAAUCAUGACACGUGGGUCAUACUGGUUAUAUUUCCCUGAAUAUCUUGAACUAGGUGGAUAAUAAAUUUUAGUAAUAUAUUCAACCAAUUACAUAGUCCUUAAUCUCAUUUGCGAAAACAUCGCAUUAUAGCCACAUGCAGAGCCAUAAAUCUGAAGAAGAAACUAAAAUGUAUAAAAGUGUUUGAUGGUAAAAUCCAGUUUGGAUUACUAAAAACAUUAGGACAAGAAACACAUCAUAUAUACAGACACUUAACGAGAAAUAUAUUUAAUAAUAUGUAAUUUUAGUCAAUAAAAGAUUAACGACAGGUAGUAUCUUUAAAAUUAAAAAAAUGGUUUAGUAAAAUGAGAAAUUGCUGACAGAAGCGUCUGAAACCAUUUGCAGUUAUUGAUGAGCUAAUAAAUAACCACCUGUCUGCGUGUGCGCGUGCAUGUGUGUGAUGAAAUUAAUUUUAUAUUGUAUUAUUCAACAAGACAUACAAUUCAUGGACUACUUUUUAUACAUUUCAUUAUCUAUAGGAUACAUAUGCUCAUAUAUUUAUUUCAGUUUAUGCAGCAGCAUUUAAAACUUGCCAUAGCGGCGGGAUCAAGCUCAGUAGAGUGCUCGCUUGAGGUGGUUGUGUCAUAGGAUCAAACCACCUCAGUGGACCCAUUCUCUGAAUGUGUUUUUUCCCCCAUCCCAACCAGUGCACCAUGACUGGUAUAUAAAAGGCU